AUGUCGUCCGGCAGGACCGCCCUGCAGAUCGGGGACAGCCUGAACGCGGAAAAGGCCACGCUGAUCGUGGUGCACACGGACGGGAGCAUCGUGGAGACCACGGGGCUGAAGGGGCCGGCCGCUCCGCUCACCCCAGGUCCUCAGUCUCCUCCCACCCCCCUGGCGCCCGGGCAAGAGAAAGGGGGCAGCAAGUACAACUGGGACCCGUCGGUGUACGACAGCGAGCUGCCCGUGCGCUGCCGCAACAUCAGCGGCACCCUCUACAAGAACCGGCUGGGCUCAGGAGGCCGGGGCCGAUGCAUCAAGCAGGGGGAGAACUGGUACAGCCCCACGGAGUUCGAAGCCAUGGCCGGGAGAGCCAGCAGCAAGGACUGGAAGCGGAGCAUCCGCUACGCGGGCCGGCCCCUGCAGUGCCUCAUCCAGGACGGGAUCCUGAACCCUCACGCGGCCUCCUGCACCUGCGCCGCCUGCUGCGACGACAUGACCUUGAGCGGCCCCGUCCGGCUCUUUGUCCCCUACAAGCGGCGCAAGAAGGAGAACGAGCUGCCCGCAGCCCCGGGCAAGAAGGAGGCCCCCAAGAACAUCACGCUGCUCCCGGCCACGGCCGCCACCACCUUCACUGUGACCCCCUCAGGACAGAUCACUACCUCUGGCGCACUGACCUUCGACCGGGCGUCCACUGUGGAGGCCACGGCCGUCAUCUCGGAGAGUCCGGCCCAGGGGGACGUCUUCGCGGGAGCCACAGGCAAGUGGUCCCAGCACUGCCUGACCCGUACGCGCCUCGCUGGCCUCGACGGCCUCGCCCUGCCCAGCUGGGCCCGGGUGCAGGCGGACACCGAGCGCAAGGAGCAGUCCUGUGUCAACUGCGGCCGGGAGGCCCUGAGCGAGUGCACUGGCUGCCACAAGGUCAACUACUGCUCCACCUUCUGCCAGCGCAAGGACUGGAAGGACCACCAGCACAUGUGUGGUCAGGCAGCGUCGGUCACCGUGCAGGGGGACGAAGUCCAGGUCGCCGAGGGCGUGAUCGAGAAAGUCGCUGUGUGAGGGGGCACCGGCUCCCCCUCUGCGGUGCCCGGCUGUCUCGGGCCCAGGACCCCUCGAGGACUUCUCAGUGGAGUGGGGGGUGGGAGGGCAUUGAAAAGGGGAAAAAACUUGCUGGCCAAGUUAUGAACAGAGUUGGGGUGACCUGUGCCCUUGGAAGUGAACCCCCGCCGCCCGGAAGCCCCCAGGAAGGCCAGGGCAGCAAAGGCCGGGCCUCGGCGGCCGGGGGGAGGGGCGUCUCACGGUGCUUUUUUAUUCUUGGAUCACGAGGGUCCGGUCUUACCCACGGGUGUGUUGUGUGUGUAACACGCGUGUAUAUAUAUGUGUCUCAGUAAAGUCGAUCCCUAACCCAA